UACUUCACUGUCUCUCGUUUGGCUUCACUUUGCUGGAACUCGAUCUCUUCAAACACGUCCCUCUUCUCAUCUCAUAUCAUCGUGUCGUCUGAGACAUUGAACUUGUGGUGGAAAGCAUCGCUUCUGAAAUAGCACAAGGAUUGAACCGAGUCUGAAGCCAUGGAUGGAACUACCCAAUCUAUGGAGCAGUCCGCUGAGUCGGCCAAUAAACCCCAGGAUGCUAAGCCUCGUCUGAUGCUCAUGGGCCUGCGUCGGAGCGGCAAGUCAUCGAUCGCUAGCGUGGUCUUUCACAAAAUGCCACCCAACGAGACCCUUUUCCUGGAAUCGACGACCCGGAUCCAGAAGGAUUCAAUCCACUCGUUCAUGGACUUUCAGGUCUGGGAUUUUCCUGGUCAGCUGGAGUACCUGGAGCCGUCUUUCGAUCUGGAAAGCAUCUUCGGAAGUUUGGGCGCUCUGGUUUGGGUCAUUGACGCUCAAGACGAUUACAUGGAAUCGGUGGCGCGUCUCAAUCGCACGAUCUUAACCGUUCAGCAGUACUAUCCGAACAUCAACAUCGAGGUCUUUAUUCACAAGGUCGACGGUAUCACCGAUGAAUACCGCACCGACACUUUCCAGGACAUUGUCCAACUCAUCUCGGACGAGCUCAGUGAUGCGGGCUACGAAAAUGCUCCGGUCCAUUACUACCUGACCUCCAUCUACGACUACUCCGUCUUUGAGGCCUUCAGUAAGGUCAUUCAGAAACUCAUUCCCAACCUGUCUACGUUGGAGAAUCUGAUCAACACCUUGUCCAACAAUUGCGGAUUUGAAAAGACCUAUCUUUUCGACGUUCUCAGCAAGAUCUACAUUGCGUCCGACACCCGUCCGGUCGACAUGUCCUGCUAUGAGAUGUGCUCCGACUAUAUUGACGUUAUUGUGGACAUUUCGGAGCUGUACUCCUGGGAUCACCCCGACCGCAAGGCCAAGGGCGAGCAGAAUCAGGAGGCAGAAAGCCACGCUGUUUUGCACGAUGAUACGAUGAUCCACCUCAUGGAGAUGAACAAGUAUCUUUGUCUUGUUUCUGUUAUUCGGAACCCCGAGUCGAAGGAUAAAAAGGGCCUUAUCGAUAUGAAUUGCCGUACCUUCCAGGAAGCUCUCAAUGAUGUCUUCUCCCGCAGCUGGGAGCAGGACCAGGAAGAGCCCGGAGUGGUGACCGAGGAGUAAAAUACCGAAUUCAUUUGCAUUGGCGAGGUUGUCUUGUUUUUUGUUCUGUUUCGUCGUCCCUCUUUUGGGGCUUAGCAGGGAGUAUUGAGGCACGGUUCGGGAUGGCAUGACACCUCGGAUGAGCCCUCUAUCUUGCGACCUCGAGAAUAUGUGAAGCUCUGGUAGUGUUCACGCUUUUCUGAUGGGAUCAAGUCUGAGGCUGGUACUUUGAUAGUAUUAUAUCCGAGUUAGUAGUCAAUACCAUAAUGUGAUAUUCUAC